AUGAUAUUAGAAGGUCGUGGAAAGAAAGAAACAGUGAAUUAUGAGGAAGUGCUUGAAAAAUUCAUGGAGUACAUGGGAAGCAAUAUAACAUACAACAAAGACAUAUACAGUGAGUUUAAGUACUACUGUGAACAGCAUGAGAUUGAAGUAAUGAGUAAAGGAGACUUUGAAACGCUUAUGAAAGACAGUAAGGAGGUCGUUCAUGAGAACAGUGUUGAAAUAGUUCAUGAGAACAGUGAGGAGGUCAUACAUGAAUGCAAUGAUGAAAUAGUUCACGAUGUCGUUCGUGAAGAAGCCAUUGCAACAAAGAAUGAUAUAAAGGAUUUCAUAGAACUUAACAAGGAGGAGUUUAAAGAAGGCUAUGAAGUGAAAAGAUGUGAAGAAGAUUUCUUGGCGUAUUUGAAGAAAAAGAGACUAAAGCCAAUGGCUCAAAAUAAGUUUCAAUCGAUGUUUGAAAAGAAACGUUUGAGCUAUGGUGGUGUAAGAAGCACAUAUUACUUUGUUAAGAAGUGA